AUGGGACACGAGAAAGAUGUCGACCGUCAAAAUGGCCAAGGCGAGAUUAACCGAAGAAAGACUAACUCAUUCUGGGCUUACAAGACAAUAUUCUCAUUUUCCGAGCCAAAGGACUACGUCCUGAACUCCGUGGCCCUCGUCGCCGCCAUCGGAUCCGGCGUUGCUCUACCAUUCGUCGAAAUCGUUUUUGGGAAAUUUGUCACGGUUGUGAAUGAUUUUGCGCAAGGCAGGUCAUCGCCGGCGGAGUUUCGACAGGAUGUAAACAAAUAUGCGCUAUACUUUGUGUAUAUCUUCCUGGCCAGAUUUGUGCUAGCCUGGAUCUGGACGACUGCUAUCACAAUCUCAGGCAUUAGAAUCACACGAUCCAUCCGGUAUCAAUUCCUCAAGGCCACCCUGUCCCAGGAUAUCGCCUACUUCGACGCAGGAGAUAGUGGUUCUGUCGCUGUUCAGAUCACCACAAACGGCAAUCUCAUUCAACAAGGCAUAUCGGAGAAGCUGGGACUUGCGGUUCAAGCCAUAGCUUCAUUUGUUGCAGCGAUCGUAAUUGCAUUCGUCGCACAAUGGAAGCUCACACUGAUUACCAUUGGAGUUGCACCUGCAAUUAUCCUCAUUACGGGUAUUGCCACUAUGAUCGACGCUAGAUUGGAGUCACGCAUGCUUGAAAUAUACUCUGCUGCCGCGGCCUUGGCUGGGGACACCAUUUCCAGCAUGCGCACCGUGCACGCUUUUUCGGCAGGCUCCAAAUUGGUCAAGAAGUAUGACGGGCAUUUGCAGCGCGCAUACGAGAUUGGGAGGAGCAAAUCUAUCGUCUGGGGGCUCUUCUAUUGCACCGAGUACUUCUUGGUCUAUGCUGCGUAUGCGCUUGCGUUUUGGCAGGGUAUCCGUAUGUUCUUCUCUGGAGAGAUCAAAGAUCCGGGCACCAUAGUGAUCGUGUUGUUCUCGGUUAUCAUUGCCGCAUCAGCUAUGACCCAACUGGCGCCGCAUCUCACCGCCUUUACUAAUGCUGCCUCUGCAGCUGAUAGCCUGUUUAAAACGAUCGACCGUACUUCAAACAUCGACUCGAUGAGUGUAUCUGGCGCAUUUCCUGCGUCCGUUUCUGGCAAAAUCAAUUUCUCGAACGUCAAUUUUUCGUAUCCGACUCGUCCGGAUGUGAAGGUUCUCGACAACUUCAGCUUGACUUUCCCGGCUAAUCGAGUUACCGCAUUGGUCGGCCCCAGUGGCUCAGGCAAGAGCACGAUAGUCGGCCUUUUAGAGCGUUGGUACGAUCCCAAUUCAGGCUCCAUAGCCCUUGACGGUAUGUCUCUGAAGGACAUCAAUACCAGAUGGCUGCGGACCAGGGUUCGACUUGUCCAGCAGGAGCCCGUGCUGUUCAAUGGCACCAUCUUUGAGAAUGUCCGGCACGGCCUGGUCGGGACAGAAUGGGAGUUCUUAGAUGAGAAAGAGCAGCUACCAAUUAUCGAGGAAGCUUGCAAACUCGCCAAUGCCCACGAGUUCAUCAGUAACCUCUCGAAUGGCUAUUUCACUGGGGUUGGUGAAAGAGCCGGGCUGUUGUCUGGCGGUCAAAAGCAACGUAUUGCCAUUGCCAGAAGCAUCGUCUCCAACCCUGCGGUGCUGCUACUGGACGAGGCGACCAGUGCUCUCGAUCCUCACGCAGAACUCGUUGUCCAGGAAGCGCUGGACAAAGCGUCCAAGAAUCGGACGACCAUCGUCAUUGCGCACAAACUGGCGACGGUUAAGAACGCCGACAAUAUCGUCGUCCUUUCCCAGGGACGAAUCAUCGAGCAGGGAACGCAUGCAUCUCUGUUGGCCGAAGACGGCACAUAUUCUAGGCUUGUAAGGGCCCAGAACUUGGAAAGGCACGCCGAGGAAGCGGCGAAGGAAGUCGAUGCUCCCCAUGCCGAGCCGGAAUCCACUCUCAGCCGGCAUGUAUCUAUGGCGCAGGUCAGAACCGGAGAGAGCGUUGCAUGUGAACAACCGGAACUCGACUACCAGCAACACAGAGUGUUUGGUUUCGUGAAGGUAAUCUUCACGAUUUUACGCGAACACUCGGAUCUCUGGGUAUACUAUCUGCUGGUUCUGAUCUCCUGCGUCGUUGGCGGCGUGACUUACCCAGCUCAAGCUCUCAUCAUGGCGGAAUUGAUGGGAGUUUUCAGAUUGACCGGUAGUGAUGCAACUCAUAGGAGUGACUUCCUUGCACUCAUGUUCUUCGUCGUAGCGUUGGCGAACCUCGUCCUAUUCUUCCUCCUAGGUUUUGUCUCGAACAUCAUCUCACAGUACAUGACCCGCCGCUACCGCCUGCAGAUCUUUACAUCGAUCCUGCGGCAGGACAUGCAGUUCUUCAACCGGCCAGAAAAUACCGUCGGGGCUUUGACCAGUUCCUUGUCCGCUUUGCCGACCCAGCUGCAAGAAUUUAUGGGAUUCAACCUCUCGAUUAUGCUGAUAAUCAUGGUCAACCUGAUGGCCAGUAACGUCCUUGCCAUAGCGAUGGGUUGGAAACUCGGCCUGGUCAUCGUGUUCGGCGGUCUCCCGCCGCUCCUUGGUGCCGGGUAUCUGCGCAUGCGUUUGGAGGUCAGGAUCAACAGGGUGCAAGGCAAACAGUUCGCGAGUAGCGCAGGCCUAGCUGCAGAGGCCGUAUCCGCCAUCCGUACGGUCGCGUCUCUGGCUUUGGAGCAGACUGUUCUUCGUCGAUACCGGAGUCAAGUGGACAACAUUGUCCGGGGAUCCAUUCUCUCAACGUUGAGGACGAUGUUCUGGUUCUCACUCUCACAAUCGAUGGAGUUCCUGAUCAUGGCACUUGGGUUCUGGUACGGCUGCCGCUUGCUUUCAACUGGGGAGUACUCCAUGCGUCAGUUCUACGUGGUCUUCAUCAGCGUCUUCUUCGCUGGUCAAGCGGCCGCACAGCUCUUCACGUACACUUCAAGCAUCACGAAGGCGGUCGGAGCCGCUAACUACAUCUUCUGGCUCCGAAGCAUCAAGCCCACAGUCGCCGAAACAGAUGAUAACCUCGACCGCGGACCUUCCUCGGGCCCACAAACACUAGACGUCGACCGAAUCAGGUUUUCCUAUCCGAACGAGCCAGACAAGCGGGUCCUCAAAGGCGUUUCCCUGAAAAUCAACCCCGGUCAAUUCGUCGCCUUCGUCGGUGCCUCCGGCUGCGGCAAGUCCACCAUGAUCUCCAUGCUCGAACGCUUCUACGAUCCCACAUCCGGCAGCAUCUCCCUCAACAACGCCGAUAUCCGUUCCCUCUCCCCGCGCCGAUACCGGCAAUGCCUCGCUCUCGUCCAGCAAGAGCCCACCCUUUACCAGGGCACGAUACGCGAGAACAUCGCCAUCGGCCUUGAAACCCCCGACGAAGACAUAUCCGACGACGCAAUCCUCUCCGCCUGCCGCCAAGCCAACGCCUACGACUUCAUCGCCUCGCUGCCCGACGGCCUUGGCACGCUUUGCGGGCCCGCUGGCCUCGCGCUCUCGGGCGGACAGCGCCAGCGCAUAGCGAUUGCACGCGCACUGAUCCGGAAGCCGCGUAUCCUGCUGCUGGAUGAGGCCACCUCGGCGCUGGAUACGCUGUCUGAGCGCGUGGUGCAGGAGGCGAUCGCGCAGGCUGCGAAGGAGGGCGAUAGGAUUACGGUGGCGGUCGCGCAUCGGCUGUCUACGAUCAAGGACGCGGAUGUUAUUUGCGUGUUCCUGGGCGGGAGGAUCGUGGAAGCGGGAGCGCAUGGUGAGCUGAUAAAAAGGAAGGGCGUUUAUUGGAACAUGUGUAAUGCGCAAGCGUUGGAUCGGUGA